CACUACAUUACAUUACAUUUGUCGUCGCUUCAGUCCUUUUUGUCUCUGCACUUCUACUUUUGGUUUUCCCGCCAAUUCAUCACAAUUUUCGUUAGCACAGCGUAACUCACUCCACAAUGACCGACGACCUGCUGAAACCGCUCAGCAUCCGAAUGAGCUAUCUUCUCAGACACCCAUCCUACCCAGGCCACACGUUCUAUCGAUCAGGGUUUGUGCCGCUGCAAGAGUUGGUCGAGGCGCGGCAGAUGGACGCGUGGACCGAGAGGGACAUUCGCAGCACUGUGCAAACAUCCAUGAGCGCAGGGCGACUUGCCAUCCCGCGCUUUGAAAUCAUCCAGGUCAACAACAUUGAGUAUAUUCGAGCAAAGUACGGACAUUCGAUCUCCCUGGAAAACCUCCCGCCAAUCCCCGGAGAACCCGUGCCCGUCAAGACAUUGUCAGACAUGUGCGUGAACGUUGUGUGCAACAACCUGCCGCUCUACGACCUGGAAGGCUUUCCAGACAACCACGUUCUGCAGCAAAUCAUUUCCGGCUUGCGCGCGCGAGGCAAGUUUGUCGGAUCUGCGCUCAAGGUGCUGCUGGUGCGUGGCCUCGAGUCGAUUGACUUUUCCAACGUGUAUGUCACGGAGGGCAACAUGAAGCAACUGGCCAAAAGCUGCCCAAAUCUUGCGCACUUGUCUCUGGCCGGCUGUUCGUACUUGGCCACGCCCAAUCUGAUCGAAUUCCUAGCCCCGCGGCUUGUGAACCUGACCACGCUAGACUUCUCGGACUGCACGUACCUCACGGACGCAUGCGUGCGGCUGUUGACGCGAAACAUUCCGGGGCUCGAAACGUUUGUGCUGGCUGGCGUGAAGCAUCUCACCGUUGCAAGCCUCGAGCAUCUUGCUGACUACAUUGCCGGGCGCGCCGGAAACAACAAGCGCAAGUCAAAGCCCACUUCUGUGGCCAGUGACGAGGCUUUUGGCGACAUUCCCAAAGUGCUGCCGCCAUCUGGAAGUCGCUUGCAGCUGGUGGACGUUCGCCGCUGCCCUGCCAUUACCAGCAAGCUUGCGAUCGAAUUCAACAAGCUGUUUCAAGCACUCGCGGCACCCCUCCGGCACGAUUCUUCGCUUGAAAUUCAUCUCAAGCACGAGAUCUUGGAGCCCCAAAUCCAAUUCCGCGAUCAGACCGAUCCCAUUGUCGGCCCACUUUCAGGGUUCUACCCAGCGCCUAUUCUGCUCGAUGGCAAGAUGUGGCCGAGCGUGAUUCACUUUUUCCAGGCCCAAAAAUACCACAACACCCCCGUGGAAGAGACAGUUCGGGCGGCGGCAACUGCAGAGCAGGCCCAGCGAUUGGGCCGCGCAACUUAUGCGGCACACCCGCUGCGUACCGACUGGGAAGAGAUCAAAGUCAGCAUCAUGCGACGAGGGCUGGAGGCCAAGGUCGCCCAAAACCUGGCCGUGCGCGAGGUGCUGUUGAUGACGGGCAAGUCCACGUUGGUGCAUGUGAGCAUCAGCGAUCGAAUUUGGGCUGUUCCUGCCGGGCGCAUCCCUCGUGGAGGCUGGAAGCGAGAUUGUCCGUCUGGCGGCAAGAACAUUCUCGGCUGUCUUUUGAUGGACAUUCGCGAUGAAAUCCUUGGCAUGGACGUCCCCUUGCGCGCCGAUGUCACUGACGCCGCUGGUCAGGACGACAUUGACCGCGAAAUGGACGCGAGUGACGAGGAAGACCUCGAGUAUGACGACGAGGACGGCGACGACGACGACGACGAUGAAAUUCAGGACGAGGCUGACGAGGACUCUGACGAUGUUGAAGCUGAUGAAGAUGGCGACGAGGACGACGACGACGGCGACGGCAACGACGACGCGGACGAGGAUGAAACUGGCGACAUCUCCUAAAGCAGCGUCCAACAAGUUACAGUAUUUGCGCUGAAAGUGGUGCAUAUUGGAUAAAUACAACAUGCGAUUUUCAAG